CACCCACCCACACACAAACCCAACUCGACCACUCCCACACGCAGCCUGCCGUUGCUUCCCUCCCUCUCCUCGCGCCAAUUGUCUUGACCGAUCCCGAUCCCAACAACCCCACGCCACGACCGCCUCCAUUAUUCUCCCCACCCCGACAACUCGCUCGCCGCCGCGCUUGAACCUCUCCCUGCACAUGCCCACGCUGCCACGGCCAGCGCCUUAUGCACAGCCGUAGCCGCCAUAGAGCACCAUCCGUCUCUCUUCCUGGUCUGGCAGCCUGGCUACCUCGCUGCUGCGUCGCGUGCGCGCUUCGUCGUCGAUGAAGUCGGCCACCUCCCUCCUCCUCGGCGCCGCGCUCGCCACUGCCUGCUUCCUCCUCUACACGUCCGUGGGCCGCGACCUCGGCGCGAGGACGCCGCCGGCGCCACGGUGGGCGCCGGAGAAGGGGGCAGGCGGGGCUGAUCGGCCCAACCAAGAGGUCGUCGUGAAAGAGAAGGAUGUGAUUAAGGGCGUGGUUGCCAGCAACGACGGCGGCGGCGGAGAUGGUUCGUCGUCGGAGCAGAAAAAGCAGCGGCAGAUCGUGAUGCGUGCGAACAAGCAACAGCAGGACAAGCCCCAAGAUCUCGCCGACGUGCUCCGACGAGCCGCAAACGCAGACCGUACCGUGCUGAUGACGGCGCUCAACGAGGCAUGGGCGGCACCGGGGUCGUUCCUGGACCUGUUCCUGGAGAGCUUCAAGCACGGCGAGAACACGGCGUACCUGGUGAAGCACCUGCUCAUAGUGGCCAUGGACAAGAAAGCCUUCGACCGGUGCAACGCCGUGCACCCCUUCUGCUACUGGUUCAGGGUGGAGGGCAUGGACUUCGCGGCGGAGCAGAAGUACAUGAAGGGGGACUACCUGGAGAUGAUGUGGAAGCGGAACCGGUUCCAGCAGACCAUCCUGGAGCUAGGCUACACCUUCCUCUUCACCGACGUCGACAUCCUGUGGUUCAGGGACCCGUUCCCGCGCAUACCGCCGGCGGCGCAGGUGGUGAUGUCGUCCGACUUCUUCGUGGGCGACCCGGACUCGCCGGGGAACUACCCGAACGGCGGCCUCCUCUACGUCCGGUCCUGCGCCGGCAGCAUCGGGUUCUACGAGCACUGGCAGGCGUCGCGGGCGCGGUUCCCGGGGAUGCACGAGCAGUACGUGUUCGACAAGAUCGUCAAGGAGGGCGUGCCCGGCCGCCUCGGCACCAAGGUGCAGUUCCUCGACACCGGCCGCUUCGGCGGGUUCUGCCAGCACGGCAAGGACCUGGGCAAGAUCGUCACCAUGCACGCCAACUGCUGCGUGGGUCUGGAGAACAAGCUGUUCGAUCUCAAGAACGUGCUGGAGGACUGGAAGAUCUAUAAGAAGCGCGUCGCCGCCGGGAACACGGAGCACUUCUCGUGGAGGGUGCCCGGGAGGUGCAUACACUGAUGGAUUAGUGGUUGCAAAACACUCAAAUUGCAAACUGUGCUCUCUUGUUGUUUUUCUGUAGGAUGUAAAGUUUCAAAGUUUUUUGAAAGAUAGAGAGAACUGAGAUCGUGUCAAGGCUUUGGGUUUGGUUUCUGUUUUUAGGGAAACACAAUUGUGUUUUUUUUAAGAAGGAGAAUUGUGCUUA